AUACCCCAUACCGAACUGUAAGGUUGUUGAAUAUGGCGUUCGCGAGGGGUCGUCCAGCUGUGGUCCUUCUGUGGAUAUUUUACCUGUCGUCAUGGGUACAACUAUCGAUAAGUGCAGAUCCAUCCAUUUUGGUUUCCGUUGACCAAGGUUUGUUUACUCCUAGCGGUAUUUACGUUUACAAAGGCGAUAGUAUCAGCAUCAGAGGUUCAUCCGCUGUUAAUGUCACCCAAACGACAAUGAGUAACGUCAAAAUCAGGAGCAUGGACGUCAAUACAGCCGACGGAUCAGUUUAUUUCUUUGACAUCACUUAUCGAUGUAUCUAUCGCCUUCAUUCCAGCAAAGUGGACAAUGUCCACUGCGGGGUGUCCAGUUCAGUGUACUCCUCUAUAGCCUAUGACUGGAUCGGUGGAAACAUAUACUGGUCCGAUGGUUUCUUUAACUGGAUAGCAGUUCAGCCUGUUAGCACCACCGACAAAAGUAUGUACAGGGUCAUAAUCCAGGACGACAUAGAAAAACCGAGGGCAGUGGCGGUAGAUUCGAAAGCAGGAUAUAUAUUUUGGUUUGAUAUAUCCCCAUCUGGCUACCGGAUAGAACGAGCGCUGCUUGAUGGAACGGUCCGAGUGCCAAUCAUAACCACUAGUCUGUUGAGCGUAGAAGAUAUCGAGAUAGACGCUGGUGAACGGAGGCUGUACUGGACAGAUGCUCUAAGAAACGCCAUAGAGUCUUCUCAAUAUGACGGAACAGACAGAAAGAUUAUUUACAGGCAGCUGAAUAGCAAUUUCCGUUCAAUUGCUGUUGAUACGGAAGAUGUCUGCAUUACUGUAUAUGGCAAGAAACUGUGGUAUUGUAUUUCCAAAUCAACGGGUAGCAUUGGUUUACUUCGUUCAAACGAGUUCUUAACAGCGUCUCCAAACAUUAUUGCCAUCUCUAAGGACGAACUGAGGCCUUUCAUUACAGAUAGUUGUCCGACAUUGGGAUGUGAACAUUUAUGUGUGAACGUUCAAUCUGACGGUAAAUGUAUGUGUAAGGAGGGAUACACUUUGGAUACAGACGGCAGGCACUGCACAGAAAACCACUCACUUUACCAUAAAGGAAUAGUGGUUUCUAACGCCACCCAUAUCUGUAUGCUGAGUGUCCGUACAGUAACAGGCCACGGUGACCCUCUUCUCUGUGCUGGAAACGCUGUACAAGGUUGUAAGCAUCUGGCAGUCGACGCCGGUAACAAACUUAUUUACUACGUUGAUACUACAUCUAACUACAUCAGAGAGUACAAUUUAGCUACACAUACAAUCCGUCAGAUUAUACCGGUUACCACAGUGUCAGGAAUUGCUUUUGACUGGACAGAUAGAAACCUGUAUUGGUCAGAAUCAACGACGGGCAAAUUGAAAUACUUAACCAUCGCAACAGCUACUGCCAAGGAACUCUUACAUGUCACUUCACCUCCCUCACAUCUAACUAUAGACCCACACACUAGGACACUUUUCUGGGUGGAGGGAACGAGUGGCUAUACAAUGAGUAUCGUAUCAAUGUCCCUUGUGAGCAAAGCUACAUCCGUGGUGUUCGACCAGCCAUCGCCUGCCUUUAUAAAAGACAUAUUCUUUGAUGUGACAAGUGACAUGUUGUACUUUGUUCAAUCCGACAACCUUUACAGCACCACACGAGACGGCAAUGAUACCCAUGUGUAUUACAACAAUCUUCAAUCUGUUGACCAACUUAUCAUAUACAAGAGAUAUGCAAUCUGGUCGGACACUACUAGUUCAAAGGUGUAUACUUUUGCUCUGCAAACAAACGACCUAAAAACGACCAACUUAACAAUCAACUUAGGAAUGAUCAGUGCACUGGCAGUGUAUGAUGAAGCACUACAAAGACCUUCAAACGGUCCAUGCUUUCACAUGAAUGGAGGAUGUGAACAACUUUGCAUGACGGGUAUAAGCGGAAGUGCUGUUUGUGCAUGCUCAUACGGAUUGACUCUUCAAACUGAUGGGGAAAGUUGUAGCAGUGUUCCACAAUCUUCCAACUUCCUACUGGUGCCCGAUUUUUCUCACGGAAAAUUAUUUCAAAUAUCUACAACGGAUGCACAUAUUACAGCCUUGGAUAUCGAUAUCGUUGAGAAACCAGUUCAUGCGGUGUAUGAUCCGAAGACAUCUUUUGUAUUUUGGAGCGAUUUAAAUGACGCCAGCAUUAUGAAAUCUACUCUCAGUGGUAGAAAUGUAGAUAUGAUUUUCACCGCAAAAGGUAUUGACUCAUAUCCAACUGCACUGGCCGUGGACAAUUCUUCUGGUAACCUAUAUUAUACAGUAUCAGGUGAGGCAGACACGAUAUCGCCUGGCAGUGUUGGUGUACUCCAACCGUCUUCAGGGUUGGUCAGAACGUUGGUAGACAAUUUGAAUAUUGUAUACGGACUAGCUCUGUACCCAUCGAAGGGAUUGUUGUUCUACACACACCACGAUAAAAAUGAGACAUUCUUAAACAUUGUUCGAGUUUCAAUGGACGGAACGUUGCCAAGUGUCAUCAUUACCCUGGAUACCGAUGAUUUCCUCACUAGCCUUACUAUUGACUACAGGAUUUACAUGAAUCAGGAUAUUUGUGUUCAAUGCACCACUCAUUCCCACUUUAUUUCAUAUACAUCAUUCAGGAAAGUGGUAAAAAUGGAUCUACAGACUGAAACAGAAGUUUCUUUUAUGAUGGACAGCGCCGAAUUAGGAUUCAUAUUAAAUUUAUUUGUGUACCCAGGACAAGAAGAUCCAGGAAAGUCCGUGUGUUCAAGCAACAAUGGUGGAUGUAGUACCUUUUGUCUGCCAAAAGCGUCAAUUUCAUCAUCAUACUGCGCAUGUCAGGAUGGAACAGACCUAAAGUCGGACGAUCCUUACACGUGUGAAGGAGUAACACGUUGUCCAUCAGCCAUAUCUAAUGGAAACUUCAACGACCCGUGUAAACGUAAUGUCGGUGAUGCGUGUACGUUCAAAUGCAACGUUGGAUAUAUCAGUACAGUACCGUCAAAAACAGUGACUUGUGAGCAGAAUGGACAGUGGAAUGGAAAUCUGCAACAACUCUGUCAACUUAAAGUGACGACUCCUCCUCCACCCAGUUCAGAUACAAACCACCAGACGUUUAUAUACAUAGGGGCUGGACUUGUGGGACUAAUUAUCGUUUCGGUCACCAUAGUGGCGAUUGUAUGCGUCAGGAAAAGAAGAAGAGGCCCCCAGCCUACGUCAAAUAGAAGUGAACCGAACGUUUAUUAUACGCCUUACCAAACGGGUCCUAACCAAGGAGGGAUGCUUUCUGCCGGAGUGGUAAACCAAGCCAUGUACAACGUAGGAAGCCAAUUAGAUGAAAAGAUGAAAAAUCUACCCUCUGCGCCUAUUCCAACCCCUCCAUACCAAGCCAGAGCAGAAAACACAUAUGAUACCAUCCCUGCUAACAGUGACCCGGCUCCUCCCUACGAGGAUCCAGUGGUCAAACGUGGUCCUUCAGUGAGAUCAGAGUCGUCAGUUGUCUCUGUGCCAAGCGGAGAAAAUGACUAUUUGACCCUCAUUCGUAGAUAGGUUAGUGAAUAAGGAAAGUUGCUUUGUAUGGCAUAUGAGAAUAUGUAUGACGAUGACGAGUCUAAGAUUCAAUAUGUAAUCACGAUGAAAUAGAUGAUAACAAAGGCUAACAAUGCAUAUACAGUUGUGACGUAUAAUUAUAUUUCAUUGUAUAUAAUAUAGCUGUUAAUGUUAUCAAGGAAAAUGAUAUAACUUCAUAGGCAUUUUUGUGAAGAAAAGCACUAGUUAAUUGGUGGUACCCAUCUAGAGCAUGAAACAAUGACGAAAAUAGUUUUUUCUGGCCUAGAAUUUCUUCUUAAGUCAAUAUUUAUCUCUCAAAUUGUUGCUGAGUAUUUAGCCUUGUUGGCAGCAACAACAGUACGCUAGGCUGAUUGGUCAAGCUUGGCCAUAGGGCAUGAUGACCUAAGAAGCGGUCACGAGCAAUUCCUUUAUAACACGAGUGUGGUCAUCCCAUAAACACGUGAUAAUUAUAAAUAGAAUAUCAGAUGGUCAACAGCUGGGUGCUGUUCUAGAACAGGGACAUUACUAUCGAUCACGCAAGAGCCAACUUAUAUAAUAUCCAAAACACAAGUUUGUGAUUAUUGACUCCGACUAAACAAUUAUAAAUAAAGUUACCAUCUACACAAAUGUAUUUAUUUUACAAAAUAAAUUGAAUUUGUUUUAAAACAUUUUAAUUUUAACCAGAUAUUGUUCUUUAAAAUACAUCGCAAUGCCUGAUUUAAGUGUAUUUCUUUUUCUUAUUAUUUUGUGUUACCAAGAAUAUUACAUUUCCAUUAAUAAGUUAGGUUGAACGGUAGUUAAUCAGCAAACGGAAGUAAUUAACAUUUUAUUAUGAUUAGUGAAUGUGAAAUAACAUUUACUUACGUUGUAGAUAUUACUAAAAUAACAUUUGUUUAACUGACAUGCACAAACUUCAUUUGCUGUUUUAAAUAUAAACAAUGGUAUGUGUGUAUUUUAUCAGACUGGUUCAUGAUAUUUUAAUAGAAUCAGAUGUCGUUCGAUAUAUAUAUUUUAUCUAUUUUGUAUUAAUUAAUGAUUAACUUGAAAGAUUGAUUUAGGUUAUUGAGCCAUAACAUAUAAAAUGAGUGGACACGGUUUAUGAAAAUAGUACACUCCUUUUUUAUGUUAUGGCUCAAUAACGUAAACAAACCAUUCACGUUUAUACUUAUAAGCUAAUUCUAAUGUGAAUAAAAAAAAACGAUUAAAUAUUUUCAAACAUUUAAUUCGAUAAAUCACACAUCAACUGAUACAAUACACAAAAUCAAUUAAAAAAUCAAUACGCCGACGUCAUCACGAAACUGUUUCCAUCAUCCAAUCAAAACACUUGUUACUCUUUUCGUCAGUUUUUUUAUGUUAUGAAAUAAUGAAGCCAUGUAUAGACCCAUGUUAUUUAUUCUAAAGAGAAAUUUAGAACUUGAAGCUUACUCAGAUUGAUAACGUACAAAAUCAUUUUAUGUCUAUAGUGUUCAUCGAUUUUAUUAUCACAAUUUGAUUGUUUCAUCAAAUAUGUAUUUGAAACCUAAAUAUUAUCACCUAUUGCUGUUUUAGAAAACAAUGAGUUUUUUUAAAUGAAAU